AUGCUUGAAGUCUACUUGGAUCCCUGCACAAUCAACAGCAGGAAGGUUGUCGCAGGCCUUGAGCUGCUUGGGACCAAACAUCAUUUCAAUCACGUCGAUUACUUCAAGGGGGAGCAAAAGAGUCCAGAGUUCGUCAAGAUCAAUCCACAUGCGACCGUACCAGCUGCCGUGGAUGGAGACUUGACCAUCACCGAGUCCAAUGCCAUCCUUCAAUACAUUGCAGAGGACAGCGGUUCUGUCUAUCCCAAAGACGCGAAGAAACGUUGUGCCGUCAACCGCUGGCUUCUCUGGGAAGCCUCAGUCUGGUUCCAGACUUGCUACGUCUACCUGGUACAAUAUGUUGUGCAGCCACUCCUUGGAGCCGAACCCGACCAAUCAGUCAUUGAUGCUGAAGCCCCCAAAUGGCACAAGGGCGCCGGCAUCCUCGAUGCUCAGCUUGCAAAGACUAAGUGGCUCACUGGCGACGACGUUACCAUUGCUGACCUGGCCGUUGCUGCACCAAUGCAUCUUCACGAGGCUUCACGACUGCCUCUUGACCAGUACCCAAACCUCAAGCGUUGGAUGACCGAACAAGUCGAACAACUACCUUGUUGGCAAAAGACCCAAGGAGCGGUCGACAAAGCACUGCUGCCAGGUAAGGCCGCUAUCAAUGGCACGGCUGGCGAGAAGCAAGUCCAGGCUAAUUUCAACUAUACGAAGAACGUGGAUCAGCUCACUGAGCUGUACUUCUACGAUGACGAGAAGGCCAAUCACAUCCACGAACCGGGGGAUGAUCCACAUGAGAUGGCAGUCACGGAUGGAUGGUCUCGAGCAGACGAGUUCUCGGUCGAUAAGGAAGGCUUCUCGCUGCACAAGCUGGAGACGGCUUUUGGGAAGUGGGAUGACGAUGAGCUGGUGCGGGAAAAGCUCUACUCCGAGGUGGUCGAGUUCCUCAAGCGGACCACUGGCGCCAAGCGAGUCCAUGUAUUUGACCAUACCAUACGCACAAAGCGCAAUGAGCAGAAGAAAUUGACCCAAGAGACCAACACUUCUCAACGGGCACCGGUCAUGCUGGUGCAUUGUGACUAUACCGCCGAAUCUGGCCCCGUCCGCGUCCGGCAGCUGAUGAAGGACGAGGCCGAAGACCUGCUGUCUCGCCGGGUUGCGUUCUUCAAUGUUUGGAAACCGCUCAAUGUGGUCGAAGAGCGUCCCCUGGCAAUGUGCGAUGUCACCACGUCUCCCAAGGAGGAUUUCUUCAAGUUGUACCUGCGCUACCGCGACCGCACGGGCGAGAACUACGUGAUGCGCCAUUCUCCGGAGCACAAGUGGUACUACUUCCCCAAGAUGACACCCGAUCAGGUCAUUCUCUUGAAGACGUAUGACUCUGAGACGGAUGGAAGGGCUCGAUUUGUGGGACAUAGCGCUUUCGAGGAUCCUAACUCGCCGCCCGAUGCGCCGUUGCGUGAAAGUGUGGAGAUCAGGACAAUUGCUUUCUUCUGA